AUGUACCUGACCCAAGUACGUAUUGCGUACUGGUACCUCCCAGGGUACCUUGGGGGGUACAAGGCGCAAGUACCGCCGAAGGUCAAGGUGACGGAAGGGAAGGAGGGGUUGGGUUGGGGCGUCGUGGGAGGGAAGGAAGGAAGGAGGCGAUGCGGCGGGGAGGGGCAGGCGCAAUGGAAAGUUGCAACAACUGGGAAGAGGGCAGGAAGGAAAAACGAGGGGCAAAGGGAUCUUCUUCCCGGCUUGCUCUGCUUGGGUCUUUGCUUCGGUUCCGUCUCGCCUCAGCCCACCAGUUCAUUCCAGUCGAACCAAAAGAGCGAGGCAAAAGUCAAUGUCAAAGAGCUGCUGAAGCAAAACAGCAAACGCAAGUUAAGCUCAACCCUUGCAGUUACCCGGCCAGCCGGCAACGUUGGGGACGAAAACGAUUCUCAAUCAGAAGCCGAGAAGAGAGAAACAUCCCGCCGCGGCAAUGUCUGGGCUGAAGACGGUGUGCCAGAGGAUGACGGCUUAGAGGUAAAUACCUCCGAGCAGGACAGCGAACAGGAGGGAGAGCCAUUGGUAACCCACGGUGCGGUACGGGCAGGACAGACGAAUGCACGUCAAAAUCCCGAGGCCGCUGGCCAUUGGAGCGACAAGGGAGGUACCCUGGGGAGGGGGGCAACGACAGCAAGCUGGUACAGCUGGAUGGAGUCGUUUGUCUGGCUGUCGGCCACGGCCAAGUCACCGUCCCCCACUGGCCCACGUUGUCCCUUGACAACCCUUCGGAAGGUCGUGGAAUCUUGCGUCCACUGGAAGCGGGGAGGUGGUAGCUUGGAUGGACGAGUGGAUGGUACAACAGCGGCGACGGCGGCGGACCGGCGGUGGACGAGUCGAGUGACCCGAAGGCCAAUGAAGCCGUCCAGUCUCCCCGGCAUGAACUAUGGCACCAUCCGUAGCCGCAGCGUCACCGCGGGCUGGUGCUCUCGAGUCUCGACGCUGUUGCCAGUAGGCUCAAUGGCUCAUGUGGCAGCAUACCAAGCUGCAGAGGCUGGAUGGCAAAGCUUUGCCGUCCCUUCUGACAGCCCAAUUGGCUUGCACGAGAACCGCAUUGGCCGCACAACCAGCUCUGGUAGCUCCGACGACUUUCAUGUGGGAAUGGGCGAGGAGUAUGACGAAAGGAACUCGUUUUACACACCUCAAAGAGCAGGAUUACACAGUCUAAGUGUUGGUACAGGUACAGAGUUAAAGAAAAAUGGAUCUUUGCUGUCUUCUCAGGAGAAAAAAGUUUUGGUGAGGUCAGGGACACUCACCCCAAAGGGGGCGGAAGGUCACGGCACGGCGCGAGAGCAACCUGAGGAACACACGCUCGGCAGGGUCGUCCUGUCGGAGCUCAAGGCCUUGAACUAUUUCGUACCUAAUUCUUCCAAUUUGAGGAUAAACGACGAACUAUCUACAGCCAGCUUCAUUCAAUUGGGGGUUUCUGAGAAUAUCUCAUGGAGAAACAGUAGCUGUUCCGAGUCAAGCUGUGAGCUGAUCGAGGCGCAGAGAGAGUUGCCAGAGGUACACCACGUGACUCGACACCUUCCCUCCCCACAUCUCCUUUCCCUCAGACUGAGCCAAUCUUAUCUCAUCCGCGCGUUCCAGGGUGGCCAGGUCGCUGGAUUGCGCUUCUGUUUGAAACGUCGACAAAGAAUCACAAGGAGCAUCGCGUCUUCGAGUUUACCACCUUCACCUGUGCCUUUGGGCUUCUUGCUUGCCGUUCAUCGAAUCCCUCCCCAUCUCCACCUCGUUAAAACCGCCAAAAUGGAUUGGAACAAUCUGAAAGACACGGUCUCCAACAUGACCCUGUACGACGUCAAGGCUGGCGUCAGAAAGGUCCAAAAUGCCGUGAUGAAUUACACGGAAAUGGAGUCCAAGGUCCGAGAGGCAACAAACAACGAACCUUGGGGCGCGUCCUCAUCACUGAUGCAAGAGAUUGCCAACGGCACCUUCAACUAUGCUACUCUUAACGAGAUCAUGCCCAUGAUUUACCGUCGGUUCACAGAAAAGUCCGCCGAAGAGUGGCGGCAAAUCUACAAGGCUCUUCAGCUUCUCGAGUUCCUGAUCAAGCACGGCUCCGAACGAGUCAUCGACGAUGCCCGCGGCCACAUUACACUACUCAAGAUGCUUCGCCAGUUCCACUAUAUCGAUCAGAACGGGAAGGACCAAGGAAUCAACGUUCGCAACCGUGCCAAGGAAUUGGCCGAACUUCUCGGCGAUGUCGAGCGCAUCCGGACCGAGCGCAAGAAGGCGCGGGCCACCAAGAAUAAGUACACCGGUGUUGAGGGUGGAAUGAGCAUGGGCGGUGGAUUCUCAAGCGGGAGCGGCAGUCGCUAUGGAGGCUUCGGAAGCGAGACCGGAGGCUACGGUGGCUACUCCGGAGGCGUCUACGGCGACGGCGGUGGGUUCGGCGGAGAAGAGAGCAACGAUUACGGCAAAACACAGUCACACGGCGACAAGUUUGAGGAGUACGACGAGUUUGAUGACACUCGCCCAGCUGCCAGCUCCUCGUCUUCUCGAUCCAAGAGACCAGAGCGAGCUGCCGCUCCCGCUCCCAAGGCGGAGCCACCCAAGAAGAAGGAGCCCGAAGUCGAUCUCUUCUCCUUUGACGACCCUGCGCCCUCUUCCAUGCCAGCCCCUGUUGCCCCGGCUCCGUCCAACGGCUCCGGCUUUGCCUCCCUGUCUGCUGCUCCUGCGGCUGCCAACGACGACGAUGACUUUGACGACUUCCAGUCCGCGCCCUCGGCUCCCGCAGCAGCAACCCCCAUGUCCCCUCCCGUCAUGACAGCCAACUCUGCCACGACCUUCGCCGCUCCCCAGCCCGUCUCUGCGCCUCAACAGGCCAACAUCGGCAAUAUGGUCAGCAUGUCUUCCAUGUCACCCGCUCCGAGCGCCAACUACUCAGCUUUCAGCACCCCCGCUGUUGCUUCUCCUGCCGCACAAAUCAAGCCUACUGGAUACCAGCCUUCAGGGCCCAACUACUUUGGCUCAGUUCAGACUGCGGUCCCGCAGGCUACUGGUGGCUCUUUUGCAUCUACUCCUGGUGCUUCGGCGGCGGCAAAGCCGGCUUCAGCUGCUGCUAAGCCGGCCGCUGCUGGUGGUGAUGCUUUUGGUGCCCUGUGGUCACAGGCUAGCUCCGGCGUGAAGAAGACGAGCACACCAACUGCCGGCCCGGCUUUGGGCCAGCUUGCAAAGGAGAAGAGCAGUGCAGGAAUUUGGGGUGCCCCUGCUGCGGCGUCGACACCGAAGCCUGCUGGAAACGCCUCCUCCGGCGGAAACCAUGGCCUGGACGACUUGCUUGACGGAGCCUACCCAGCCUUACAGCAUCACUGGCCACGCAAUAACACAAGACAGAGGGCGCCGCGAAGACUGCAACACAUGAACCAUAUACUGAAAUUUCAAGCGAACCACAUUCAAUACUUGUGUCCUCAGGGAUCUUUCCACCUCGUGCAAUGUGACAUCAUGCUCACAGGCUUGACAGCUGUCUUUGACUCACAGCCCUCUGCGGCCGAUAGCGCGACCUACUCAUGCGCCCACAAUCCGAAGCAAGCCGUCUGUACUGUGAACUUGGACCCAACUGACGCCAAGUCGAUCAAUAGCGGACCGACCGCCCGCGGGCCAACCAUCGUCGUCCCGCGGCUGUGGGGGGCUCAAGAGGUGCAAAAGGCUCAAGGAUCAGUACAGAGCUCCUCGCGCAUCCAGAACGCAUAUGCGGCCUUGGCUAGCAACCGCCAGACCUGGUUUCAGGUUCGGUACCUGCAUGUAUUUGGGACCUGGGCUAGCUCGUAUGAACAGGCGCCUCAGCCUCCGCCAUCGUCGCCCCCAGCGUGGCCGCCUCUAGUGGUCUGUUCGAUUGUCAGUUCAAGAUGCAGAAAAGGCAUGGAGGUCCACCAGGUCGAGGCCAAGGUGGAAGCUAGGCGCGCAGCCAUCCAAUACGAUCAUCCACGGCCUGGCUCAAUGACAACCAGCCAUUGGACGCGCCUAUUUUCUUCUCCACAAGCCUCCAAUUUCCCGGAGCCGUGUGGCCCCGUUGUAAAUUUCGUACCCGCGUCGCUUGUCCAACCUCUCCGGAAAUCCACCGCCGUUAAGCGCCGCACCGCAACCCCGGCCGUUGACGAGGUACGGCAACUGACGUAUCUCAUGCAGGAACCAGUAACCUCAGGUACCAUUUGCAGGCCAGAUGAACCACAGGACUGGUUACUAGGCUGGUUGAAGAUUCCCGAGUUUCUUUCUGUUCUUCAUCAACCUCACAAACACAAGUCUUUACAACAAUCUUCCUCGCUACACCAGGCGACUUACGACACCCCGUCCAAAAUUCCUUCCUCAACCUCCCUCCCGUCGCCCACCGCCAGCAUCCCCUUCCCGCCCCGGAAGUUCCCCGUCCGCACGGCGCUCCACUUCCACGCCCCGCGCCCGAAGCUCACCCUCGUCACGCCCGUCUCCCUGGCCCGCGACUUCGCCGCCCGGAAGCACGACAGAAUCAUGGGUUCCGCUCCUCGCCUCGGCGCCCUCGGGCACACCUUCACCGCCAUGCGCGCCAUGCAGUUCGUCUCCUUGGUGUCCAUCAUCGGCAUGGUUUCCAACUUUAUUUCGGAGAUUAACGGCGCUGAUGCCGUUCCGCCCUCGGUCUUGAUCGGCACGCUCGUUAUUUCCUGCAUCGCAACCCUCUACAUCUCAAUCACCUACAUCCUCUACUACGACAACAUGCUCCCCCUCCUCCUCGCCGCCGGCGCAGACACCUUCCUCCUCAUCGCCGUCAUCGUCGUCGCCUGCCUCCUAGGCAAACCCCUCUCCUACCUAGACUGCGCCGCCCUGCCCAAGUCCAGCGGUAGCACCGCCAACUUCAUGGCGUCCGUGACGGCCAACAUCAACACGGGCUCCGCGCUCAACUACUUCAUCUGGGUCGGCGCCGACCAGGGCACGUGCUACGCCAUCAAGGCCGUCUGGGGUCUGUCGAUUGCGCUGUGCGUGCUGUUCGCGUUUAGCGCUGUGACGACUGUCUGCCUCUGGCGCAGGGUGAAGCUUGCGCCUGCGGCGGUGAAGGAUAUCGAGGUCGGUGGUGUUGGUGGUGGAAACGGUGGUGGUGGCUACGCUCCUUCUUUCCCGCCUCCUCCUACGAGGGAAGUACGGGGUUGCUAUUUCAGCAACAACAAGAAGAGCCUCGGCACCGCCGCGGUGUUGGCGCGGGAGAAGCGGUGGGACAGCGACUAUUCUUCGGGUUCGGACUCGGAUGAAGCCCACCAAGUCGCUGUACCACCUCCCGCCUCCCAACACACCCGGACAACCGCGUGGUUUCCACCCCCGCCGCUGCCAGCGUCGACGCAACGACAGAUGCAGAUGCCCCCUACCACGGCCCAAGUGCAGCACAAGCGCGUGCAGAUUGUCGAGCAGAGGCAGCCCGUUCACCCAAUGCCCGUCUUGCCCGAGUUGAUCGUCUCCCCCGCGCCGCCGCUUUCUCCGGCCCCGUCUUCUGCUCCGUCGCCGAUGACGCCGGUGGAGCACCUCGUCCAUGGCAAGGGUCUUGGCCGGGGGAAGUCGAAGCGCAAGACGAUUAUGGAGUUUAUUGACGGGUGGUGGGAUUUGGGAUUGUUGGAGCAGCAGAAGCGGGCUGCUUCUCGGAGGAAGGCGUGA